AUGGAAGCAUCAUUUUAUGACGAAGAAAAUAUGCCGGCAACAUCUACUUCUCAAGGAUCAACCUACGAUAAAGGCAAACUGAAGCUAGAUUUUUCGUCGACGAACACGCGGCGGCAAACUUCACUUGAUGGCGCUGUUUUAACGUCUCCUGACUUACAUUUACUAACUUUGGGUUCUCCUGAAUUGGAAAAGUUAAUCAUGGGUUAUGGAGGUAUCUUGACAACUCCUACUCCGAGUCAGUUGUUCAAGGGAACGUCGUCAGUCACAGAACAACAAGAAAUGUACGCGCGGGGUUUUAUGGAGGCAUUGCAACGGCUUCACGAUCAACAGGAACCGUCAAGUCAGGUGACAAAUGUACCUGUUACGCAGAACGUUCUAACUUCAGCCGGACAAGGUCCUGUUAACCCGCCGUUUGCUACAGUUACCGGGAUAAAUAAUACGAGGAGUACAGUCGCUAGUACUACUCCAAUGCUCGCGACCGGUACCUCGACAAUUUCGACUCAGUCACUUCCGCUGGUUUCGUUACAAUCUUCUGGCGCCGCAAACCAAAUUUUUCCUGACUUUCAAAGGGCCGCGGCGGUUCAGUUUGAACCUAGUACAAGUUACAGUCAGCUUUUGAACGUGCAAAUUCCACCUCAACAGCCACGAUUAACGAACGUAAAGAUCGAGAACGAAUCACAAGUUGUGCCAGGAACGCCUCCUCUUCCACCGAUCGAUUUGGCGUUACAGGAAACGGUGAAGAACGAGCGAAAGAAGCAGAGAAAUCGUGUCGCGGCGUCAAAAUGCCGAAAGAGAAAACUAGAAAAGGAGGCAGACCUUGAAGAUAAAGUGACCCAACUUAAGGGAAUCAACACAAAACUUCACGCCGAAAUCAGCGCACUUAAGAGGCAGGUAUCUGAUCUGAAGCUUAAAGUUAUGGACCAUGUGCAAGGCGGCUGCGAGAUCAUGCUUUUGAAUCAGCCACAGGGUUUAGCGGUGAACUAA